UCGAGCGGAGCAACUCGAGAUCAGUUCGUUGCGAAACGUCGAGCGUGAAAGAACCUCAGAGCGCAUCUUCAGUUUACGAGCGAGUGAAGAAGUGAUCAGACUACCAAAUCGGUUAUUAUAUCAGAACCCAUAGUUUUUACCAAGUGUUUGACUCCCGUGCAAGUGACCAAAAAUGCUUUCCAUGCAAGAGCUUAUGGAUAUGCGGAUGCAGCAGCAGCUGGCCCACGAAAUCUAUCGCCAGCAGAUCAUGCAGCGGAUUCCAGAUCCCUUCCCAUCGAUGCUGCCGUUCAACAUGCCCCACCAGCCGCCGCAGAUGAUGCUGCCCAGCCGACCCACCUUGCCGGGUGUGGAGGCCAAGUUGGAGAACAACGAUCUGUGGCAGCAGUUCCAUAAAAUCGGCACCGAGAUGAUCAUCACAAAGAGCGGCCGACGCAUGUUCCCCUCGAUGCGCGUUUCUCUCAGUGGACUGGAGGAGGAGGCCAGCUACUGCGUCCUCCUCGAGAUGGUGCCCAUCGGCGACUGCCGCUACAAGUUCUCCGGAUCGCAGUGGGUUCCGGCCGGCGGAGCCGAGCCCCAGAGUCCCCAGCGAAUGUAUCUGCAUCCGGAUAGUCCGGCCACAGGAGCCCACUGGCAAUCGCAGGCUCUGCUCUUCAACAAGGUCAAGCUGACCAACAACACGCUGGACAGCAGCGGACAUAUUGUUUUGGCCAGCAUGCAUAAGUACCAGCCACGCCUGCACAUCAUCCGCAGCAGCGAGCUCACCCAGCUUCCCUGGGCUCCUCAGCAGGCGUUCGUUUUCCCGGAGACGGAGUUCGUUGCUGUCACGGCCUAUCAGAACGAUCGCAUUACCAAACUGAAGAUCGACAACAAUCCCUUCGCCAAGGGAUUCCGCGAGUCGGGUCAGUCCCGCUGCAAGAGGAAGCUGAACAGCAGUGGAAACUCCAGCUUGGAAUCGGAAGACGAUGGCUCCAGUGUGAGCAGCUGCGACUCUCCGCAGGCAAAGCGACAGCGCCAGGACUUCGAGCAGGACUCCACAGGCAGCGUAUCACCAGCUUAUUAUGGAGCUCAUCCAGCUGCCCCUUCUUUGUCCCCGUAUCACCGACAUCCUUUGAGUUACGGACCCAGUGGAGCUCCAGGAUUGCCGCCCAGCUUGGCGGCUGCCUAUUUUGGAGGAGUUGCUCCCCAGAUUCUGCCAAUGCAUCCCUCAACCUAUGUGCCAACUUCUGCUCCUGUGAGUCCUGUGGCCUCGCAACCGGUUACCUCCAGCACACCCACAACAUCACCACGACCUUCAACCUCUACCAAGCGAAAUAGCUUCAGCAUUUCAGCUAUUUUGGCUUACUAAAACAUCCUAUCGAAAAACUGUUUAAGUUGAAGUCAUCUUCUGUUGUGAUUAGUGAGAAACGUGUGCAUAUACUUCAUAAGUUACUCUGUACUACUACUAAGAUCGUUUAAGAUCCAAGCUGCAAUCAUAUACUUUGUUAAUUCGUUUUAAGUGUCUUUGGUCAAAUAAACAAAAUAGACAUCCAAA